AGAGAGCAGACGGCUGUCCCCGUUCUGCGCCGCCGACCGGCAGAGAAGCAGCGUGCCAGGUAUCAUGACGCACCAAAAAAUUGGGCACUUUGCUUGGACUUCUCUCUCUUGAGUCUACCAUGUGGCGGUGCCCGCGCUGGUUUUAGUCGAGUUUCACCCGCUCCCCUGGAUGGAGCAGCCAUAUGAGACCUAUGGAUCCGCGCUCUGCUGCUGCGUCGCAUCUCUCAAAGUGAGGAGACUCUGUAAAUGUGCGUCCCCCCCUGCUUCACAAACUUGGACCGCUGCCUCUGUUCGUGGCGGACAAAAUCCAGGCUCCUCUCCAGCUCUGCAAACCCCUGUCAUUGCUGACUAACGAUGUUGUGGACGGUGGUGUGACACCACAAAGGGACUGCACAGCCCAGAACUAUCACUAAACUAUCCCCAAAUCAACUUUUUCUUUACGGAUGCAGAUUUGUUUGCCCUGUCUGGGUGGAAGAAGUGCGCUGGGGACAUAUUAAUUAACUGGUAUCUAUCAUUUCACCUGGACUCAUCUGACUGCCCAAAAUCCAACAGUGAUCAGUCUCAAAGGGAUGCGCAAGCGAGCAUGAUGCUCCGCUUUCUUACUUUCUGUCGUUGCUGACGCGCACAUAAGGAGCGAAAUGGGAUUUUAAACUAUGUGGAGUCAUUCCUGAGGACUGAGAAGCUGCUCUCCGCGGGUGCAUGGAGAAGAGCAGCCCGAGGAUGACGGGCGGAACCCGGGAGGCGCCUGUGAACUCCUCUCCGGCGGUGGCGUCCAACGCGGAGGGCGAGGAGAUCGAGGUUUUGGAAAGCACCGACGUCCUCCCCGUGGCCCCAGAGGACCAAUGGAAGUCUCUGUUUGACAAGUAUGACCCAGAGAAUUCGGGCUUCAUCAGUACGGAGCGGUUCAGGGACUUGCUGGCGACCCACGGCUCUGAGCUUGACCCCCACAAACUGGAAGUCCUAUUGGCCCUCGCUGAUGGCAACGCUGACGGAAAGAUCUGCUACCAAGACUUUGUCAACCUGAUGAGUAACAAGCGCUCCAACAGUUUCCGCAGGGCCAUCCUGCAGGGGAGCAGGCAGCUAAAAGGCUGCAGUCUCAGAGAUGAGGCGGGCUUGGGGCUGUCUCAGAGGCUGGUCCGACACGUCGCCUAUGAGACGCUGCCCCGCGAGGUCGACCGCAAGUGGUACUUUGACAGCUAUACCUACUGUCCCCCACCAUGGCUCAUCCUGGCCAUCACCAUUGCUGAGGUGGCCGUGUUCAUGUACUAUGGGUUCCAGCUGGACCGCUUGGUACUGCAGGUGUCCAGCCCGUUUUUCCUAAAGAGCCCCUUACCUUACCACCCCCAGCUCCGUGCCCAGGCCUGGAGGUACCUCAGCUACAUUUUCAUGCACACCGGGAUUGAACAUCUGAGCCUGAAUAUGGCCAUGCAGCUGCUGGUGGGAGUCCCUCUAGAAAUGGUCCAUGGAGCCCUGCGGAUUGGACUGGUCUAUGUGUGUGGUGUGCUGGCAGGGUCUCUGGCGGUUUCUGUCACUGAUAUGACAGCUCCAGUGGUCGGCUCAUCCGGUGGAGUGUACGCUCUGGUCUCAGCACAUUUGGCCAAUGUAGUAAUGAAUUGGUCGGGAAUGAAGUGUCAGUUUAAGUUAUUCCGGAUGGCCAUGGCUCUGGUUUGCAUGAGUGUAGAGUUUGGUCGGGCGGUGUGGCUGCGGUUCUAUCCUCCGGCCUUUCCUCCGUGCCCCAAUCCCAGCUUUGUAGCUCACCUGGGAGGAGUGGUGGUAGGCCUGACGCUUGGCGUGGUGGUCCUGCAGAACUAUGAGCAGCGACUCCAGGAGCAGUCCCUGUUUUGGAUCUUCUUCUGUGUCUACACCUUGUUUGUGCUCUGCGCCAUCUUCUGGAACAUCUUUGCCUACAGCUUGCUUGAUGUGCGACUGCCCCCGCCACCUUGACUUGCUUAUUAGCGGCAGACUAGACACUGUAUCCCCCUUAAUUCCUCUAUUGGUAGAUGCCUGACUGCCUGCCUGGAUGAGUCACCUCAGCCCCUCAUAUUCUGAGCCUUGUCGUGGGGUGAUCAGAGUCAUUCUACAUCCAGCGCUCUGAUGCAGCGAUGCACCGGACAUGCAGCAGGCCUUGCUGCCGGUCUCGUCAUACCUUUUUCAGCCCACCUGCUCCCUUUGUGGGUUAAGCCUUGCCAUCAUUUCCGCUUACCAUUACAAGCUAACCUCCAUCUGCUCUUUGUCUACAUCUCUGUUGGACAUGUGUCUCAUGAGUACCAUGAGUAUCAGCCAGUGGGACUUUUGUUGACAACACUGUGUUGACAAAUGUGAAGCCUCGGAUCUAACACAACAGGAGCUGUCCUGUCGACAUGGCUUAACCUCCUCUGCCUCUUCCUCCUCAAUCCAACGGUGCCUUCUCAUGGAGACGUCAGCCUGGUGAAAGUAUUUCUGCACAGUUGCCUCUUGUGUGGGGUGACGGCAGUGAAACCCUGCAGUAUAAACUGUUUUCAGACAGAAGAGUUCCUGAAAAUCCUGUAAUCUGCCUGCGCCCUCAUCAUCAGUAAAUGAAGAAUAAGGUCAUAGGAGAAUUUAGGCUUAGUUGGUGUUUUGUCAUCAUUACAAGCAGCUCAUAAGCAUGAGAGGUUUAGAUUAAACCAACAGCAAGAUAGCUAAACCUCUCCACAUUUGAAGGGAGCAUGUGUAUCGUCUAUGGCAACCUUCAGAAGUUAUUACCAAUUUACCUUUGAAGGAAAGUGUGGGUUUCUAUUCAGUGUUGCCUUCAGCAUUUGGCACUUCCCCAGAGAAGGAUUAAUUUGUGUUCAGCACUAUUUGAACCUCCAACUUGUGUCUUUUAACUUUUUUCGUGUGUGUGUGCAAGUAGUGUGACAAUUGUACCAUUGUGCGUACAGAAGAAGAAAGAAGCAGAAGUGCCAUUCAGACUUUUAAGCUUUCAGAAAUGAUGCCAAAACAUUGCUACGAGCACUGAAGGGGAGAGCACAUCCCCUGACAAGAAUUGCUUUUGUGCAAGCAAAAUGAAUCUAAUUUUGUCUUUAUGGAGUCGGUCAUAUGUAACAGAAUAUGUUCAAGAUCUCUAAAGAACACUGACACCCUUGGGAGAACCCAGAAAUGCAGCAAAAUUGUCAUUUUGUUGUCCCCUCUGGGCGUUUGCAGUGAUUUUUGCAAUCUGUUUAAAACUGCGAAGAUGUGACAGAAGUUUAUUUAUUGAUUUUUUUUUUUUUUUUAUUGGUGGAUUAAGGCAAAGUGGGAUUAGACUAAUGAAAACAUUCACCAGUGGGGGCAGCUGGGUCAUUCUGAAUAAGUCUUUUUCUCAUUACCAAACGUAGAAGAGCACACAUGCCUGACCUCGACUACAUCUGGGCUGGGGUCGUUUCAUUCUCAUAUAAGGAGGCAGUGGAAGGAAAGAAGUAAAUCAAUGCUCCCUCAUUAGUUCCUGUCACAAUGUAAAUUGUUAAUUGAUGUAACCGGGACAGAAAACGACCCCUGCCCCAAGCUGUAAGUCUCAAACUGUACUGUACUUUAACCUCAUGUUACGCUGGUAACUGCUUCGCACAAACAUUAUUAUAAUGUAAUUAUAUACAGAUUAAUAUUUUAACAUGCAUUCGCUGUUGAUUUUUUUUUUACUUGGUGAUAUUGGUAUGUUGUGUGAAUUGUUUGUUCAGUCUGCAUUGUGAUACCUUAGCUAUAUCCUGUAUGUAUCCUAUUUAAGAAUUGGUUAAAGAUGGUCUGGGGUUGUAUAUAAUAAGGGCUAUGACACAAAAGUGAGUGAGGGGUAAAUCGCUGAUAAUAUUUUAACAAUGUGCAUAUUUUGUAGAUUUGAUAUGUACAUACUGGAGUACAUUAAACAGUU